AUGACGUCCAGGUUUGAAGUUGCUGCUACUAGAGAAGAGGAGGAGGCCGAACAGUUUCUUUGGUCUAUGCUCGGAGACGAGUCGGAGUUAAACUUGGGUGUUGUUAGGGAUGUCCUUUCUCACUGUGGGUAUGAAGUUGAAAAGGCCUUGGAUGCCCUACUUGAGUUAUCUUCUUCCUCAAGUGAGACAUGGUACUGUGUGGGAGAUACUCACCAGAGUUAUAAAGAGGUUCUUGCUGGUACUACUUCCAAAGCUCACCGGAGUACGAGCUCAGAUAACCUCUCUCAGGUGGUGUUGGAAUCUUUGUUCAAAAAAUCUAAGAGGAGUCCUGAAAAUGAAGAACCAAGAACCAUGAAUUCUUGGAAGAAUAGUGUGAAGAAAUUGCAAGAGUCAUCGGGACCUGAGCUUGAUGUUGCCAUAGGAGCUGAAUAUGAUGCAUAUAGAGGGACUGCAAAGCAGCACUGGGAUUCAGUAACGUCCCAAUAUCAGAAAGCUGCAACUGCGUAUUCAAACGGAUCGCGGGCAUACGCAGGUUACCUCUCUGAGCAGGCGAAGGUAAAGGCGAAAUUGGCACGAGAGGCGGAUGAGAAGGCAAGCCAAGAGAUCUUCAAAGCUAGAAACAAGGAUAAGUGGAUAAACAAUGGUGUGAUAACUAUUGAUUUGCAUGGCCAGCAUAUCAAACAAGCAAUGAAGCUUUUGAAAAUCCACCUUCUGAAAGGAACCAAUGUGCAGUCGCUUCGGCACCUCAGGGUUAUCACCGGCUGUGGUGCAGGAAAGUCUAUUCUGAAACAAUCUGUCAUCAGACUCAUCCAGAACGAAGGUAUUAAAUGGAGCGAAGAGAAUCCGGGAGCGGUAUUAAUCAAGCUAGCUUCACAGAGACAACUUCAGGUUCAUGGAUAG